ACGAGUGCUACGUCACAUCCGCCGUUUCCCUCCGGAAGUACAGUUAAUUUUUAUUCACAGGAAAAAAAAAAAAAAAAAAAAAAGAAAACAGCUGUUGUGGAGAAAGAAAAACCUCAAAGUGAGUUUCUCUCAUGAGCGUCUGUCUGCUUCGGCUCGGCGCCGUCACAGCAGCCUCUCCGCUCGGCCUCGGCUCUCCGCGUCCGGACGUUUGUUUCGAGUUGCUGCUGCUGCUGCUGCUAGCUGUUAGCCGUUAGCUCUCCAAACACUGUGGACUUCAGGCUGUAGCCUCUGUUAGCUUCUGUUAGCUUCUGCUAGCCUCUGCCCAACUGACCGUUUAUGAGUCUGUCCGCGCGACAACAAUCUCCGCCGGCCGUUACACAGCCGUUAGACAGCCGUUAAAGAGCCGUUAAAGAGCCGUUAAUAUGAUUCAAACCGGCGGCGAGUGAGUGCGGAUCGUCGUGUGACUCGCUUGUGUUUAUGUUUAACGGUAGCUCGCCUUGUUGCUUGUACACCCAGCAUGCCAGCCCCAAAGAGAGGACCAUCGUCUCCAGAUUCUCACCCCAAGAUGAGGAAGCUGGACGAGGACGGGGAGGCUCUUACUUCCAAAACUGCACCAGCCGCCAAUAACAGAUCCCUCAAAACGGGAAACAUGCUGGAAAAGACAGCAGCCCCUCCACGGACUAAGAAAAAACUGGAAGGAGGGAAUAAACCAGCCAAGUCUCCUCCUCCGAAGGACUCCACCAAAACCAUUUCUGACCCACCUGUCAAAAAAGCCAAGCUCCUGUUAGCCACAAGUGCCUCCUGCGGAGAAGCUCCCUCGCAGAAAGCUAACUCCAAAGCUUCCCUGAAGCGGACAGCCUCCACAGAGUCCGAGGACGAGUUGAGUAGCGACGGCGGUAAGACUGAUCUUUUUAGAGAGAGGGGCGAUGGCGACAAGGCCCGUUGCAUCAGAAAAUAUUCAAAUCGAGUCAAAGCCAAGCGCAAGGCGGAAGAAUCGUCGUCGUCGUCUGUCCCACACGAUUCAAGCCAAGGCUCGCCGUCUACACCUACAGACCCCGUUCAAAUGGACCACAAUUAUGGUAGAUUUUCAGAUUCGUCGAGUCAGGAUGAGAGGAAAGAAUCUGCACAGCCUGUCAGUGAACAAGAGAGACAGGAAAUUUCAGUUCAUGCAACACAAGCAGAGGAAACUUUAGUUUCUAUAACAGGGGACGCAAAAGCUGCCGUCGAAAGUAAACACGAGGAAUUACAAAACCAAAAGCACUUAGAUAACAAAGCACUAGCAUCAUGUAGAGAAAUAUUGGACUCUGCAGAUAAAUCUGAGGCAGAAAAUACAGAGAAGGACGUUGAAGAGUCUGUUGUAGAUAAGGAAACACUAGCUUCGUCAGUGGAAACACUAUAUUGUAGUACUGGAGAGGCAAAUCCAGGCUGUGAAGGGACAGACUCCACACCAAGAAGUCAGACAGAUGUGAGCAAUGAAAUUGAAACAAAGGACUCUGCAGAGUCUGUUUCUGAGGAGAUAAAGCCGGAUAUAAAAUGUGAAAGCGAGGGAGAAGAGCAUAAAGUUGAAGCAGCUAGUGUCUCUGCAGGCCACAGUGAUGUAGGUAUAGAAGUCAAAGCAGAAGAGAUCCCGGUAGGUGGUCUGACUGAGGAAAAUUUAACAACAACAACCGAGUCUGUUGGCAAUCCAGAGACUCAAACAGACCUCAGUUUUAAAAUUCAAGUCACUUUCAAAGAGGAAUCAAAAUCUGAACACCUGCAGGAUCGAGUGAGUCAUGAAGUGCCAGAUACAAUUACCAGCUCGUGUGACAGUGUCAGCAAAAUAGUCCGAAAGUCAGACGAAAAGCUGGAAGAAAGCGAAAGGAAAGGAGUUGAAUUCCCGUCGACUCAGACUGAUGUUGGUCCUGGAUCUUUAGCUGAGUUGCAACUCAGCCAAGAUCUAACGGACAAGACGACUGACAGCUGUACUGACGUAAUAACACCAGAUUGUGAGACCGUUCAUGAGCAAAAUGUGGCAGAGGUGCUCUCCGAUUGUGUCACAGAGGAUCACAUAGACACGCAGACUAAAAUAACAUCAGAGCAGAGGUCUGACUCAGCACCAGAAGAGGAAAUGCAAAACCAGGGGAACCACACUACUGAAAUACCUGUUGAAGUCAAAGAAAAGAUGAAUGACGAAGGUGCCGCUGCACCAAACAGUCAGAUCAAAACGGACAUACAGGCUUCAGCAACAUCAGAGAAGGAGGUUUCUAACCAAGACGCUACAGUGGAAGUACAAAGCCAAGAGAAGCAGGAGGUCAGUGAACAUGCUACAGAGCUUAAUGAGGAGCCUGUGGUAAAUUCUGACAUUGAAAAAAAUGAAGACAAGGUGAACUUUGAAUCUGAGAGUCAAAUUAAUAUGGAAAUCCAGACUACGCCAACACCAGAGAUUUCUAAUCCAGCAUCUACAGUGGAAGUACAAAGCCAGACUAGCCAGGAAGUCAGUGAACCUACCACAGAGAUAUCAACUGAGGAGCAUCAAGAUGUUAUGACUGAAAAUACAGAAAUUCUGGAAAAUGAAGACAAGGUGGAGUCUGAAUGUACUAGUGGACCUGAGAGGGAGACUAUAGUGACAUCAGAGAUUUCUCAUCCUGCAACCGCAGUAGAAGUACAAAGCCAGGAGACCGCAGAAGUCAGUGAACACACCACAGACAUGUCUGAUAAAGUACAUCCAGUUGCAAAUUGUCAGAGCACCCAAGAUGAAGACAGAGUUGAUGUGGACAUGAGGACUACAGUGACACCAGAGGAGCUUUCUAACAUAGCACCUCCGGUAGAAACACAGAUCCAGAAGAGCCAAGAAGUCAGUGAACCUGCAACAGACAUUUCUGAAAACGUUCAAGAAGGUCUAAUGAUUCAGUCUCCUGAGAGGAACAGGAAUGAAAAGCAGGUUAUCACAGAUGGCGUCAGUGCACCUGAAAACAAAAGAGAAAUGGAUUUGCAGAUGGCCACAACAUCAGAGGAGAUUUCUGAUCCAACAACAGUAGAAACACAAAACCAGGGAGGCCAAGAAGUCAGUGAACCUGCAACAGACAUUUCUGAAAACAUUCAAGAAGGUCUGAUGAUUCAGAGGAACAGGAAUGAAAAGCAGGUUAUCACAGAUGGUGUCAGUGCACCUGAAAAUAAAAGAGAAAUGGAUUUGCAGAUGACCACAACAUCAGAGGAGAUUUCUGAUCCAACAACCGUAGAAACACAAAACCAGGGUGGUCAAGAGGUCAGUGAAGUCAUUGCCGCCAUUGAAGUACAAAAAGAUUUUAUCAUUGCCAAUACUGAGAAUGAAGAAAACAAGGACGAGGUUAUCGCAGAAUGCGUGGACGCUGCUGAGAAUCAAAUAGAAAUGGAUGCAGAAGAAGCAACAACACCAGAGGAGAUUUCUAAUCCACCAUCUACAGUGGAAACACAAAGCAAGGGGAGCCUGGAGGUCAGUGAACUCAGCACAGAAGUUCAAGAUCUUGUGACUGCGAGUCGUGAGAGUCAGCAAGAUGAUGGCAAGCUUACUGCUGAAUGUGUCGAUGGUCCAGACAUUCAAUUAAAUGCAGAAACUACGACAACGGCAGAGGAGAUUUCUAAUGCAGCUUCUACAACAGAACAACAAAACCAGCGGAUGGAGGAAGUCGACAAAACCUCUAUGUCCUUAUCAAAUGAAAUCCACAAACCCCUUCCUAUGUCUAAUUCUGAAAGUAAGGAUAAUGAAAACAUGCAGACAGAGCCCAGUGCCAUGCAUAUCCAUGCGGAUACGGAUGUAAUAAGUGGAUCAAUAGAACGAGUAUUAGAAGAGGAAACUGGAAGGCAAGUGAUUAAUGAGGUCAAAGAAGAGGCUGAAAUCAUUUCCUCUGAUAAUGCUGACAAAAACAUCAGUGAUAUUGAAGGACACGGAGGAAGAACUGGAAGCAAUGAAGUAAUAGUUUACGUUUGUGACCAACCAGAUGACGCUGAUAUUGUAAUUCAGGCAUCAGAAGAGCCAGUUAAGACGGUUAAUGAGUCAGAGGUUAAGAUCCAUGAAAACCAGGUAGUGUAUGAACCCAUUAGCAGUCCAGAGAGUCUUGAUGAUCAAGAGACUUAUACAGCACCAGAGAACCAUGGUGGUGUGUCUUUACUGGACCUACAAAACACAGAGACCCAGCAGAUGGAAGGAAAUUCAUCACAUAAUGAAGAAAUUUGUACCAAACAAUUAGAAAACGAGGAAAACAUCAAGCAACAAAUUUGUGUCUCGGACAGCCAAGAAGUUGAAAUGGAAGUACAAGCCAUCAGCGUGUCAACAGAGAGUUGUGUCUCUGCACAGUUGGAGCAGAGUAACAUGAGUGUGGACGUGAAACAAGUUGCAGUGAUCAGCUCUAGCGAUGACAUCAGAGUGCCAGAUGGCCAGUCAGAAGAUGUAUCAGAAAAAAGUGAAAGUAACGGGUAUCCAGACUGCACGAGUGCCACAGAGUUUUCUGAACAGGUGCAGGAGGACUCUGGAUUUCAGGAGGUUGCAGAUGUCACCGUGACAACAACUACACCCUCCAGUAAAGUUGAAAUACCAGAUAGUACAUCUGAAGCGUUUGUGAUCUUGGAACCGGUCCCAGAGAGUGAAAUUCACUUUGAUAUUGUCACUCAAGCAGCGGCUGAAUCGGGGUUGUCGAUCUCUCUUUCAGAGCAGGUGGAUCCAGACAGCGGAUUGGUUGGUGAAGUGGAAAAUCAAAGUAUUUUAAAUGGUUCCCAACAAACCGUCUUCCCUGAGGCAGAAGUGCAGCAAUGUCAAAUAACUGCGGAGGUCAAAGAUGCUACAGUGACAAAUUCAAGUGAGGCAUUGGAUCAUGAGACCAGCUCAACUGAGGAAGAUGUUGAAGCUAUUCAAAAUUCAGACCAUUGCCAACAACCAUCAGCUGACAUGAUGGAUGUGAAUACCUCAGAGAUAGAUGUGACAAACUCUCAAGUUACAAAUGAAGACUGUAAUGCAGUUGUGGUAGAAAAUGCUGAGGGUAACUUGGACCUACAGGAGGUCCAGAUUCUGGAGGAAAUAGAGAUCGGCCGUGAGAUCGUAGUAGCGGAGGAGGAGAACGAGGAAGAUAGUGACAUUACCAUCAUAGAAAAACCCCAGGAAACACCUGAGGCAGUCCCUCCUAAAAAAUCUGAGGAAAAGGUUGAUGAGACAAAUAAAGAUGGCACCAGUGGGACCAACUUGCAGCAAAAUAACACAGCUGAACAGACUGGAGAUGAUAAAAAGGGGCAAGAAGAAGUAAAACCCAAGAAACAAGAAAUGAACACACAGGCCAGAACCAAAGCCCGCCUGGCAGCUUUGGCCGAGCAAAAGGCUGCAGCGGCUAAGAGGACAGCAAACAGACAGCAGCUGAACCUCUUAGCCCUGUGUCACGAAAUCGCAGAGGACAUUGCUACAGACAGCAUGCUGUUGAAGAGGAUAGAGGAAGAAAAACAAGCAGCAGCAGCAGCAGAGGCGGCAGCAACAGCGGCGGCAGCAACAGCGGCAGCCAAGCGUGAAGCUAUCAAGAAGGAAAGUCCACCUGUUAACACGCCAGAUGCUGAAACUGUUAAUGUUGCGACUCCUGCUGGACCAGAAGGGUGUUCUGCUUCUUCGGCGACCCCCGCUGAGGAGGCAUCUACAGCCCAGCCAUCGACAGCUGACUCAGCUGAGGCCAAGCCUGCUACAGAGCCUCCAAAGAGGCGCUUCUUCAUCACGCAGGUUUCAGUGCCACUGAAAGCCCACGAGAAAAAGAAGCUGACCAGAUAUCAAAGACUAAGACAGGUCGAACUACAGAGAGAGAAAAUGUCUUGGGCACGUGUAAAGAAACUUAAAUCUGACCAAGCGAAUCAGAUGUUUUCAGACAUGGAUUGGCAAGUACCUCUGACUACAUCCUCUCUAUUUUCCAUGACCACAACCCCUCCACCUGCAGCCAGCUCAUCUAAAACACCUCUCCCAAGUCCUGCAUCAACUAGCAAGCCUGCAACGCCACAAACGGAAGUACCCAAGGCUGAAACUCCCAAGGCUGACUCCGGUAAAACUGAACCAACUAAAACAGAAACCUCAACAACUGAACCCACUAAACCUGAACCUGUUAAAACUGAACCCACUAAACCCGAACCUGCCAAAACCGAAGCCUCUAAAGCUGUGCCUCCCACUACUGAACUCCGUAAAUCUACAAGGCAAAGUAAGGCUCAAGCUUCCAAAGCGACACCUUCUCCGGGGCCAGCCCCAAAAGUGACUAGAUCUGCAGCCAAGAGGACCCUCCCAGCAGUACCCCCUCCCAUGCCCAAUGGACUUACUCCUCAAAAACAGAAGCCAGUUGAGUACAAGCCAUACAGACCCAGGCCCAAGUAUUCCUUCGACGACUUUGAACUAGAUGAUGACCCGUUACCAGUAAAGCCCAGCCCUCAGUCCAGGCCCACACAGCCGACACGACCUAACGUUCAGUCAAACCCCUCAGCUCAGUCUAAACCCACAGUUCAGUCUAAACCCACAGUUUCAUCACAACUUGCCGCCUACCAGGCAAAACUCAAAGCUCAGACCACGGCUGCUGGACAGAUCUCAGGUCAGUCAAAGCUCACUGUCGCAGGCGCAGCUCAGCCGAAGCCUGCCGUUGCAACGACACCCCAGUCAAAGGCCACAGCUACUGCCACAGCUACUGCCACAGCCUCUUCAAAAGCUGCCCCUCCUGCUAAAGUUCAGUUAAAGUCUCCUGUUUUGACGACACCUCAGUCAAAAGCUGUUUCAGCUCCAGGUCAGUCCAAGCCUGCUGCCUCUGCUUCUACUUCACCUCAGUUAAAGCCCACCAGCAGUGGAAGUGCUCCUCAGCUCAAGCAAGCAACAGAAUCUCGGCCUGCUGCCGGUUCAACAACAUCCGAGACAAAGCCUGCUGCUCCGAAGGCUGAUGUCGGUUCAGUGCCUCAGAAACAUCUACCACCAUCACCAGAUAGCAAAUGCAAGGAUACAGCUGAUGCACUUUCAUCAGCUCCCACCUCUUCCCUUCCCUCUGAAGAGGGCUCCAAAGUGUCUGACGCUAAGCAGCAUGAAGAAAAGCCUGCAGAUACUGUUGAUUCAUCUCCAGAGAUAAAGACAGAAGCAGCGAAGACUGCAGAGAAUACAUCGGAAAAGCCUUCUCAAGACAGAGCAGUGAAGUCACAAGAUGGUGGGACUCCUCUCUCUGAUGCUUGUCUGCAAAGAGAAGUCAGGAUGCUGAAGGAGGCCGACAAGGAUGGCACCCAAACCAUUAUUGAUGCGGGACAGAAGCAUUUCGGAGCAGUGGCCUGCAGUGUGUGUGGGAUGCUCUACUCUGCUGCCAACCCUGAGGAUGAAUCUCAACACUUACUCUUCCACAACCAGUUCAUCAGCGCCGUCAAAUAUGUGGGAUGGAAAAAAGAGAGGAUUCUGGGAGAGUAUCCUGAUGGCAAGAUCAUUCUCGUCCUGCCAGAUGAUCCUAAAUAUGCUCUGAAGAAGGUUGAGGAGAUCAGGGAGAUGGUGGACAAUGACCUCGGCUUCCAGCAGGUGGAGACCAAGUGUCCCUCUCAGACCAAGACCUUCCUCUUCAUCUCCAACGACAAGAAAGUGGGUGGAUGUCUCAUAGCAGAGCACAUACAAGAGGGGUACAGAGUGAUCGAGGAGCCCGUGCCGGAGGGUUCAGAGGGAGAGAAGGUGAUGUUUGAACGUCAGAGAGCUUGGUGCUGCUCCACAACGCCGGAACCAGCCAUCUGCGGCAUCAGCCGCAUCUGGGUCGUCAGCAUGAUGAGACGCCAGGGCAUCGCCUCGCGCAUGCUCGAGUGCCUCAGGAACAACUUUGUGUACGGUUCAUACCUGAGCAAAGACGAGAUCGCUUUCUCCGACCCAACCCCCGACGGAAAACUCUUUGCCACGCAAUAUUUUGGCACUUCUCAGUUUUUGGUUUAUAACUUUGUGAGCGGAACACGCUCGUCCCAGCCCAAAACUGACACAGUAUGACAUGAAAAAAAGGUAACGCUGGAUGGAUUUAACCGAGACGCUUACUGACCAACGGGACGCACGUCACUAAACAAGUGUCUGAUGCAGAAUCUGUAUUUGCGUAACAAUUCAAAUAAAAAACUGUAAAUUGCUCCUUGGAUGGGACACACAUUGGUUUAAAUCUCAGGAUGAAAACAACAAGGUGUUGUUGACAAAUGUUAUUAAUUCACCCUUUAAUCCCUGCCCCGAAUAGUAUUUUGAAAAAGAGUAUUUUCUUUAUACAUUUUUAAGUAAACAAUUGGAUUUAUUAGCAGUAUAGAGUUUACAUGCAUGACAGCAAUAGAAAACCAAGAGCAUUUCACGAUUUUUCUUUUAAUCCCCGAGGAGCAUUCGAUCAACCCGAACCCAUAAAAUAAAACGGUUAUUUUAGCGUUUCGUCUGUUUUAACGUUUUAAAACAUGAUGUAGUAAACUAUGUACACGUGUACAUUGUUUUUUUUCCAUGUUCAUCUUUUUACCAGUGAUGCUGCCAGAGUCUCGAUGACGUUUUUUUUUUUUCCUCCACAUCAGUCCCCAUGAUUUCACUGUCGUGUUAUUGUGUGGUUCAAACUGUAGCUUGGGCAUUAAUUAUGUGCUCUAAUUUUCUUAGAUCACCUUGCCUGAAAUGUUUAGUUUUCCAAGCUGAGCCAUAUACUGUACACCAUUUAGCAGGGCAUUGUAGCCUAUACUGUAUGAGUGAUGUCUUUUUAAUUUCACAGAGGCUGUCUAUUGCUUUGUUUGUGCCUGGAUGAAUAAUGUGUGACUUAAGAUGUUGAUUUGUUUCUCGAUUUUUUUUUUUUUUUUUUUUUUUUUUUUUUUUUUGAGUUAGUGUAGAGUAACAUCCUCCUAUUUCUUAGUAACAACAAAUUAAAAUGUAUAUCAAAUUAUCAUGUAGAUUUAUGCAUACUAUAACAAAAUGUAUAAUGAAAGAAGAGCAAGGUCUUGAGGCUCAGGUGUUCAGUGGUAUUCGAGUGACGGUUCUGCCUUGUUACGAGAGCGAACAGGAAUAUUUGCUCAGUGAUCAACGCGAGGGGUUUCCUCUCUCAACACCGAUUUUACAGUAUCAUUAUAAUCCAUCCCUUAUUUUCUUCUUCCUCCUUGUUAAACAGUUGCUUUUAGAAUGACGUGUCGUGUAAGAAAAAGAACUUUGAUUUAUACGAAGCUGUUAUGUAAAUAUUUAUUUAAAUAAUAAACGAUUUAAAACA